AUGACGCGCGUGCCAGGCCUCGCGGCGCCCCUGCUGAGCCUGGGGCUGGGGUUCGCUCUGAGCCUGCCGGCAGCGGCAGCCUCGGACUGCGGGUCCCUCCGCCCGGCCGAGCGCCUGACAUUCACUCCGGCAGCCAGGACCCGAUGGCUGGCCCCUCGCGUCCGCGCGCCGGGGCCCCUGGACCCCCUCUAUGGCACCGUGCGCCGCUUUCUCUCCGUAGUGCAGCUCAACCCCUUCCCUUCGGAGUUGGUGAAGACCUUGAUGAAUGAGCAAUCCUCCGUGAAGGUGGAUGAGGUGGUGCGGUACGAGGCUGGCUACGUGGUGUGUGCUGUGAUAGCAGGCCUCUACCUCCUGGCAGUGCCCACCACUGGGCUCUGCUUCUGUUGUUGCCGCUGCCGUCGGCGCUGUGGAGGUCAAGUGAAAACUGAACACAAGGCCAUGGCUUGUGAGCGUGGCACCCUCAUGAUCUUCCUGUUGCUGACUACCCUCGUGCUGCUGGUUGGCAUGAUCUGUGCUUUUGUCACCAACCAGCGUACACAUGAGCAGACAGGCCCUAGUGCUGAAGCCGUGCCUGAGACCCUGCUCAGCCUCCGGGGCCUGGUCUCUGAUGUCCCUGAGGAGCUACAGGCCGUGGCAGAACAGUUUUCCCUGCCCCAGGAUCGCGUCUUGGAGGACCUGGAUGGUCUCGGCGAGAGCAUCGGGAGUGCGAUCCAUAGCCAGCUCAAGAGCACAGUGUACCUGGCGCUGGCCUCAGUGCACAGCCUGGGCCAGGCCCUGCAGGUCUCUGUGGACCACGUUAGAACCCUGAAUGCCACCUCCGUGGAGCUGCAGGAGGGACAGCAACACCUGGAGCCAGCUGUGCGGGACCACCGGGAACACCUGCUUACCCUGCUUCAGGAUCCCCAGUGCCAGGAGAACUGCACGGGGCCUCUGAGCCGGGCCCGUGCUUUGGAGCUGGAUGCAGACUUCAGACAGGUCCCCCCCGUGGAUAAUGUCCUGCAUUGGCUAAAGGGUGUCCCAGAAGCCAAUUUCUCCAGCAUGGUCCAGGAGGAGAACAGCACCUUCAACAGCCUCCCACUCCUGGUUGCCAUGCAGACAGCCAGUGUGAUCAGAGAUCUGAAGAAGGCAGUGGCUGGGCAGCCUGAAGGUGUAAGGAUGCUGGCCAAAGGGUUUCCGGACUCAGAGGCAGCUUCCCACUGGAGCCAGGCACUGGAGGAGCUAGAACUGCGCAGCCGCCCCUACCUGCAGGAUGUGCAGCGAUACGAGACAUACAGGUGGAUCGUGGGCUGUGUGCUGUGCUCCGCCAUCCUGCUUGUGGUGGUCUGUAACCUGCUGGGCCUCAGCCUGGGCAUCUGGGGGCUGUCUGCCAGGGAGGACCCCAGUUACUCAGAAGCCAAGGGCGAAGCUGGAGCCCGCUUCCUCAUGGUAAGCGUCAGCUUCAGCUUCCUCUUUGCUGCCCCUCUCAUCCUCCUGGUCUUCGCCACCUUCCUGGUGGGUGGCAACAUGCAGACACUUGUGUGCCAGAGCUGGGCAAGUGGAGAACUCUAUGAGUUUGCAGACACCCCGGGCAACUUGCCCCCAUCUAUGAACCUGUCCCAUCUUCUCGGCCUAAGGAAGAACAUCAGCAUCCUUCUGGCCUAUCAACAGUGCAGGGAAGGGGCUGCACUCUGGAAGGUCCUGCAGCUCAAUGACUCCUACGACCUGGACAAGCACCUGGAUAUCAGCCAGUACACCAACAAGCUGCAGGGGGAGUUUCAGAGCUUCAAGGUGGACAUGAAAGAUCUGGACCUGCUGAGCCCUGCUGCCCACAGGGACUUGGAGGCGCUACAGAGCAGUGGGAUGGAGAAAAUCAACUAUCAUGACUUCCUAGUUCAGAUCCAGAAGCCUGUGGUGAAGACUGACAUGCACCAACUGGCCCAGGAACUGGAAGGACUGGCUGAGGCCCAAGGCAAUUCUGAGCUGAGGCAGAAGCUGCAGGAGGAGGCUCAAGGGCUCAGAAACCUCUACCAGGAGAAGGUUGGCCCCCAGCAGAACCUUGUGGCUAAGCUCAACCUCAGUGUCAGGGCCCUGGAGUCUUCUGCCCCAAAUCUCCAGCUGGAGACUUCAAACGUCCUAGGCAAUGUCACCUUCCUAAAAGGAGAGCUGCCUGCCGUGGCCGGCCACAUCAUGAAGAACGCAAGUGGGUGCUUCCUGACCCGGGAGAUGGGCUACUUCUCUCAGUACGUGACCUGGGUGAAAGAGGAGGUGACUCAGCGAAUCGCCACCUGCCAGCCCCUCUCUGGAGCCCUGGACAAUGGCCGUGUGAUCCUGUGUGACAUGAUGGCUGACCCCUGGAAUGCCUUCUGGUUCUGCUUGGGGUGGUGCACCUUCUUCCUGAUCCCCAGCAUCAUCUUUGCCAUCAAGAUCUCCAAAUACUUCCGUCCCAUCCGGAAACGCCUCAGCUCCACCAGCUCUGAGGAGACUCAACUCUUCCACAUCCCCCGGGUCACCUCCCUGAAGUUAUAG